GCCCACCACUCGCGGAGAAAAAAAAAGAGACGGCCGCCGCCUCCCCCACUGCACCAUCCCCUCGUUCUCUCUCUUCCGCCUCCCUCCCCGAGACAUACCUGACCGCCGCGCCGCCACAAGCCGCAUGUCGAUGCCCGCCGCUCACACCAGCUUUGUCGACGCCGCUGGGCACCGCCUGUGACUGCUAUUGAGGCAUUGAAUCUGCCCUUCUGCCUCGCACAUCCGACAUGACGGCCAUGCUGUCGCUGCCCCGAGACGCCGCGCCCUUCCAACGCUCGCCCUCGUCGUCGUCGCUCGCCUACGACGCCUACUCGCCGCUCCGCAAGAACCAGUACUCGCUGCCCGACCUGCGAUCGCCCUCGGUCAGCUCCUCGCGCACAUCCUCGCUCUACUCGACCCCCUCCAGCAGCCUCUCGCUCGACACAAAGUCGGACGAGUCGAGCAGCGACGACGAUGGCCUGUCCCUCCCGCGCUGCUCCUCCGCACGCCAUCACACCCACGACACCUCGGCUGUAGACGCAGCCUCGUCCAAACCCGCAGCUUCGGGUGUGCGCCAAGGUGCGCCACCAUCGCCCUCGCCUACGGACGCUUUCUCGUCCGACACGCCCUUGACCACGCCCGACCCUCUGCCAAUGUCCGAGGAUGACACGGCCGUGCGCAAGGAGCCCUCACAUCACGUCGACUAUCUUUCUUACGAGUGGCGCGAAGAAGACAUCUGGUCCUCGUGGCGGCACAUUGUCGAGCACCGCAAUGUGUACGGUGAGCGUUCCAGGCUGGAAAAUGCCUCGUGGCGAACGUGGGCCAAGGCCCAGUUUAAGCUAAAGACGGUGUCGCCCGAGACACUGAAUUGGCUCAAAGAUGUCGAUGUGACAUGGUUGUAUGGACCAAUGCAGCCUGCAUCGAACCGCUUCUGCUCACAACAAAACUCGGAACCGGCGAGCCGCCUGUCCAAGACCAACUCGUUCGUCAAUGGCGUCAAAAAGCCAAUUCUCAAGAAGCGCAGCAUGUCAGAAGCUAUGCUGCAAAAAUCAAUCUCGUCGUCGUCGCUAGUCCAGCAGGCGGCCGAGUCGGUGCAAGCCCAGCGAACAACCGGUGUGACGCUUGACAUGCGAAGGCCUCGACCAAUCAUUGGCCAUGUGACCCCCGACUUCCCCACAUCCUCGACCAUGUCCCGUGGCCAGCUGUCCGAGGGUACCGAUUACUUUUCGUCGCGCUGCACGUCUGAGCUGCACACGCCAGAUCACGGGGAGAGGCGCCAUAUUCGUUUUGACGAUAAGGUAGAGCAAUGCAUCGCUGUCGAGUGCAAAGACGCCGACGACGACGAGGACGACUGCAACCACAACCCCUGGGCCCGGGACCAGGACAACGACUCGUCGUCGGACGAGGGCGUCGUCAUGAUGAAGCGGUCGCGUAGGAAGAAGCCGCUGUCGCGGACAGCAUCCACAGCCAGCAUCAGCGGUGACAACAAGACCAUUGCAAAGCUGCCGUCGACGACGCUCAAGUAUCGGACAGACUCGCCAGACGUGCCCGAUACGCAGCAGUCACAUUCCCUCGGCUUCUGGAAGCCGUGCGGGCUCUCUCCCUCGCCCUCGUCAGAAACCCUGAAGCCUUCCAAUCCGUCGCGGAAUUUUCUGCUUGCCGAGGAUGACGACGAGGACGAGGACGAGUUCUUUGAUCCCUCGAGCACAUACUGCACAAAGCGGCCGAGCACCCCAACCGCCUCGGACCCCUACUCGUUUCGACGCAGUGAGUCGUCAGCAUCGCUGGCAAACAGUGGGCUUCGCAGGACGCCGUCGGGCAUGUUUAUGCCGUUUGGGGACGAGGAUGAAGAACCCCUGCCGCCCUCACUGUUGGGCCGGGUCGUCGACACAGUAAAUACUGCACGCGAUAUAGGGCAUGUCAUCUGGAAUGCAGCAUGGAGUAACUAGGACUUUGACUUUAGCGCCUGGCGUUUGGGGGCUUGUGUACUAUUCAUACGGACCGGACUUGGGCAAAGAGCAUACACAUUCGGGUCGCACCGGACGGCCUGGCUAGGCGGCGGUGUUUUGAGAUAUACCUCGAUUCAAAGUGCCACUUAUGGAUGCAUUUGUGAGCCGUGUAGAAAUGGCUCUCUCACAACCAAAAAAAUACAUACAUGCGUUAA